AUGGCGGCCCUGGGAGCCUGCCCCCCUCAGGAUGAGGAGAGGAAGUGGAGGCAGGAGGGGAGAAGGUCUGUGCAGGUCCCGCCCCUAGCGGCCACGGGCGAAUCGCGGGGCAGCGGGGGCGGGAUCUGUGCGCACCGACCAAUGGCGUCCACCCGAAAUGUCGAGCCCCCAGCAAGGAUGGGGAUCUGGCUAGAGCUCCUUCUGGUUCUGGCCCUUGGCUUUGUCCUCUAUUUGGGCUACUACUGGACGUGUGUGCCCCAGAGUCCUCAACUGGUGAGCGGGUCCCAGUUUAAGACCUUCCUGCAACAACACUGCCCCAUCACGGUGGAGACCUUCUACCCUACGCUAUGGUGUGUGGAAGGACGACUACAAACCAUCUUUCGGUCCUUGUUGCAGUCACGGCCUCUAGUCCCUUAUAGGAGCGAAGUCCUGCACACGCCUGAUGGGGGCCAGCUCCUACUCGACUGGGCAGACCUGCAGGAUAGUAGCCAGUACCCCGACCCCGCGACCCAGCCCAUCGUUCUACUGCUGCCCGGCAUUACCGGUAACAGUCACGAUUCCUACAUCUUGCAUCUCGUCCAGCAAGCCUUGAGAGAUGGCUACAGGGCCGUGGUCUUUAAUAACAGAGGCUGCAGCGGGGAAGAAUUGCUGACCCACAGGACCUUUUGUGCCAGCAAUACUGAGGACCUGGAGGCAGUUGUGGGCCACAUCAAGAACCGCUACUCCCAAGCUCCACUCAUGGCUGUAGGCGUCUCCUUUGGAGGGGUGCUGGUGCUGAACCUCUUGGCACAACAGGGGCAGAACACAGAGCUGGUAGCGGCACUGAUUCUGUCUGCCUGUUGGGAUUCGGCCGCAACCACUGAGUCCCUGGAGACCCCACUCAACUGGCUGCUCUUUAACCGCCACAUCACAGCUGGGCUGCGCCACAUUGUGGACAGAAAUAGGAAGGUGGCAGAAACAGUGGUGGAUAUAGACUAUGUGCUACAGGCCCGCACGAUCCGCCAGUUUGACGAGCGCUACACAGCCGUGGUCUUUGGGUACGAACACUGCGUGGCCUACUACCAUGCCGCGAGCCCAGGGUCCAAGGUCCAUGCCAUUCAGACGCCUGUGCUCUGCCUCAAUGCGAUGGAUGACCCCUUCUCCCCAAACCUCGCCCUUCCUCUGCAGGCGGCACAGUGCUCAUCCUACGUGGCUCUGCUCAUCACGGCCCAGGGCGGCCACAUCGGCUUCCUGGAGGGGCUGCUCCCGUGGCGGCACUGCUACCUGGCCCGCCUCUUCCAUCAGUACGCCAGCGCCAUCCUACAGCACCCGGCAGAGCUGCUCGGCCUCAGGGCACGGCCCACCCUGGAGAGAGGCCACAGCGAACUCUGA